AUGGCGGGGAUGAUUGCUCAGGAUUGGGAGCCGGUGGUGAUCCGCAAGAAGCCGCCGACUGCCGCCGCCCGGAAAGACGAGAAAGCGGUCAACGCCGCCCGCCGUGCAGGGGCCGAGAUCGAAACUAUAAGAAAGGCUAAUGCUGGCUCGAACAAAGCUGCUAAAAGCACCACCACACUAAACACGAGGAAGCUUGAUGAAGACACAGAGAAUCUGGCUCAUGAAAAGGUCCCGACUGAGUUGAAGAAAGCUAUCAUGCAGGCCCGAAUGGAUAAGAAACUUACACAAGCUCAACUUGCUAAGAUGAUAAACGAGAAGCCUCAGAUAAUACAAGAAUAUGAAUCUGGAAAGGCAAUACCCAACCAGCAGAUCAUUUCUAAACUGGAGAGGGCGCUUGGUGUAAAAUUGCGGGGAAAGAAAUAG